AAUACAAAGUAUAUUACGUUGUUGGCUCGGGUGUACCGAAGUUGAAUUUUAGUCUGAUCCAGGAGUAUGAUUUGGUUAUUGAAUGUAGCGAUAAGGACACCCCAGCUCCUACUACCACUCUAAAGGUCAAGGUCACUGGUAACCAAGCGCCUGUUCCUGCAGGCUUACCUACAGUGAAGACAAUCGACGCUAAAGCUGCCCAAUAUCAAUCUAUAAAUAGUUUCAUAUACAAUAUGUCGGUGACAGAUCCUGAACAAGACGUGCUGACCUUCACCAUGUACAGUGACCCUGACUUCGGUUAUUUCAAAAUAGAUCCAUUUGGUGAAAAAUCAAAUCAACUAUGCCCUGACUCUGUCAUAACCUCUGGUUAUUCGAUCAGAGUUGGUGAAAAAUCAAAUCAACUAUGCCCUGACUCUGUCAUAACCUCUGGUUAUUCGGCCAGAGUCGGUGAAAAAUCAAAUCAACUAUGCCCAGACUCUGUCAUAACCUCUGGUUAUUCGGCCAGAGUUGGUGAAAAAUCAAAUCAACUAUGCCCAGACUCUGUCAUAACCUCUGGUUAUUCGACCAGAGUUGGUGAAAAGUCAAAUCAACUAUGCCCAGACUCUGUCAUAACCUCUGGUUAUUCGGCCAGAGUUGGUGAAAAAUCAAAUCAACUAUGCCCAGACUCUGGCAUAACCUCUGGUUAUUCGACCAGAGUUGGUGAAAAAUCAAAUCAACUAUGCCCAGACUUUGUCAUAACCUCUGGUUAUUCGACCUGA